AUGACGUCGAAAGAGAUACAAUUUCGAACUCUAAAUGGAAGUCUAAUUGACCUCCCAGCGUGUGCAGCACUGAUCUCACCUAGUAGUACACCGGAAAACCAGCUACUGGAGCAAGACAACUUGCGUCAGAUCGAGUGGUUCAUGAUUGAUACCACGAUAACCUAUCGACGUAUUCGAAUCCAAGACAACACGAGUCGACAGAUCCGAACGUUCUUACUGAUUCUCAACUUAAUCGGGGCCUCGUACUACGCAUUAGAGUACCUCUUCAUGCUCAAAAGCGUCUGGAUUUUUAUCCGUAACAGCUUAUAUCGAACUACAGCUGAAUCAUUCGAAAAGAACGCUCCUCCACCCAUAAGACUUGGACUAUUCGAGCUGCUACAGUGCGACCCAGCAGACGGCGCGUUGGAACAUCCCGGUACAAUGGUGUUGUUGUAUCUAGGCGCGAUUGGAGCGCUUAGCAAUAUUUUUUCGCUUGGGUGUACGGCAAAACUCUCUACUGCAGAGGGGAGUAUCGUCAUUCAGUGCACUCCAGCGAUUCCAGUACAAAGCCUCACACUCGUGCUCACGACGCUGAGCAGUAGCUACUGGGUUAUUCGCAUCACGCUGCAGACGCGGUCACUUGCGAUGCGUCUGGAUCACGCUGCACGCUGUGAUUUUGUUCGUUUCUGGACACUGAACGCAGUAGCAGUUCUAGUGAUCCAUUUUACUUGCAAAGUUGGCGCAGAUUUAGUACUCCGAAAUGCCGAAUUACACUCAGACCCGCAUCUGUACGCAAUCUUCGGCGGCUUGGCAGUGGCACUUAUCAUCUCGGCUGGAUUUAUGUUGCUGCACAUUGCAUCGACGGACUCUUCGAGGCUGCGGGGAAUGGUACGAAGAUCGUCCGGUAAAGUAUGGACUGAGAUUUUGUCACGGGACCAAAAUGACCGUUCUUUCGUGACCAAAUGGAGCACACGAGGCCUCGACUCCGUGCUGUAUCACUGUGCAACGCCACAGAUUGCUCGGCAGCUAGAACUUUUCAACAUAAGGCAACAGCAACAAACGAGCAUUCCUCCCAAACGAUUCAAGCAGGUUGCCAUCGACGGGGAUAAACAGCUGACAGGGAUUCGAAUGCAUCAGUUUGUCGCGGCGCACUGUGCCGCUGGAUCACACGCGCAUCUGAAAACGGUUAAAUGGUGUCUAUCCGAGAAUGGCAUAGGUGGUGUUACCAGUGUGAGCCCAGAGUCACAUGUCAAGACGACUCGAGUCGUAGCAGGAAAACGCAACGAGCCGUGUUGAAGUAAGGGAUUUGCAGAGGUGUAAGGGCAGCUGAGGAGAGCGAGACUAUAUGUAGGUAGAGAAUCUUGGAGGAGAAGCUUGAAUAUUGGACUUGUGAAGGACUUGAAUCAAGUCAGUUGAUAAAAGGAGAAGUAAAUUAAGAUUUAGCGGUGG